AUGGUGCACAUGCUCUUUGGGAGCUCCUUCCUCGAGCGUGAGAAGAACGACUUCAUCUUAACGGUCUUGGAAAACAUGGCGGACCCAAGGAUCUCCGACACCCAGCUGAUUGCCAAGAUGCUGGAAGGGGUUUUGAACAACCCAUGCUUGUACCUGAUCAAGAUGGACCUGGUGGUGCAGACCAUCUACAAUCAGCUGAGAAGGCUGAGGCAGAAGUCGCCGCAGGACAUUCUGAAGAGCACUCUUCUCCAAGUGGCCACCUUGGACCCUCCAAGGGUGGCUGUUACCCUGCUGCAGGUUUCCCACGGCUGUAACAAGUACGUGGCUCGUCCGCCUGGCGGGCAGCUCCGGACCUCCGAGGCCUGCCCGGGCAGAAGGGGUGGUGGCCGAGGAGGCCCUGCUGACAGUUUGCUCUGGAUCUGCAGCACCACCAGGGCCAUGUGGAACACGCUGGCCUGCAAGCCCAGCCUCGUGGAAGCCCUGCUGAGGAUGCUGCUGGUGGCCAGCAACCAAUGCACCAGGCUGCAAAGCAGCACGGGACGCUGCAGGUGCCGCGAUCUCCUGGCAGUGAGCAGCGCCAUGCAGGAGAUCUUCCUGGUGCCCUCCAGCCGAUGCUACGUGCAGUUAGUUGUUGACGAGCUCUUCAUGUCGGGUGGUGCUGGCAGCGAAGCCCAGCAACAUGUCAGCCGGCUGUACCAGGAGAUGCUCCCAGGGAAAAGCCCAAUGGGGACCAAGCAGACGUGGCGGGACAAGGCUGGGGUGCCCAGGCUGUGGGUGCAGGACUCGGGCCCGUUAGCCGAGAACGCGGUGGCCCCGGUGGAGCGCAGAGGAACCGCCGCCGCCGCCGCCUCCUCCCUGCCGCCCCCCGGCGCGGACGUCGGGCAGCUCCGCAAGGCCAAGACCUCCCGGAGGAACGCCUGGGGCAACCUCUCCUACGCCGACCUCAUCACCAAAGCCAUCGAGAGCUCCCCGGAGAAGCGCCUCACCCUCUCCCAGAUCUACGACUGGAUGGUGCGAUACGUCCCCUACUUUAAAGAUAAAGGAGACAGCAACAGCUCCGCCGGAUGGAAGAACUCCAUCCGGCACAACCUCUCCCUGCACACCCGCUUCAUCCGCGUGCAGAACGAGGGCACCGGCAAGAGCUCCUGGUGGAUGCUGAACCCCGAGGGCGGCAAGACGGGGAAGACGCCCCGCCGGCGGGCGGUCUCCAUGGACAACAACAGCAAGUUCCUGCGGAUCAAGGGGAAGGCCAGCAAGAAGAAGCAGCUGCAGGUGACGCAGGAGCGCGGGGAAGACAGCCCGUCCUCCCAGCAGGCCAAGUGGUCGGAGAGCCCCGCGUCCCACGCCAGCGACGAGUAUGACGCCUGGGCGGACUUCAGGACGCGGGCCAGCUCCACCGCCAGCACGUUGAGCGGGCGCCUCUCGCCCAUCAUGGCCAACCACGAGCCAGACGAGCUGGAGGAGGACGACGGUACCCCCUCCUCUCCGUUGAUGUACCCCAGCCCCUCCAGCACCAUGUCUCCUUCCCUCAAUGCCCGCUGCUCCGUGGAGCUGCCCCGGCUGACCGACCUGACCGGCACCAUCAGCCUGAACGAGAGCCUGGGGGAGAGCAUGCUGGAGGACCUGCAGGAUGGCUACACCAUGAGCCCCUCGCAGCAGCUCCCCCCGGCCGCCCUGCGACAGCGCAGCUCCAGUUUCUCCUUCAACUCCAAGUGCUCCACCAUGGGGGCUGCCACCAACACCUACUGCGGGACCAUCUACAGCCAGCCGGCCAUGAGCCUCAUGCGCCGCCUGCCCAUGCAGACCAUCCAGGAGAACAAGCAAGCCACCUUCUCGCCUGUCAGCUCCUACAGGAACGCCUCGCUGCAGGACCUGCUGUCCUCCAUCUCCUACGCGCACAAGGAGAGCAUGGUCCCGGGGGACCUGCCCCUGCCGCAGGCCAGCCCCAUGGUGCCGGCCCGUGGCCACAGACACAACCCGCUGCUGUGCGGGAGCGGGGAGCAGGGUUUGUCCUCCUACCCGUCCCACCCGGGCUCUCUCAUGAAGAGCAAUGCUUUGUACCACCCGUCACCAGCCGGUCACCACCCUGCGGUCAACACCAGUGCCUUAGCUAAUCCUGUCAGCCUUAUGAGCUUGCCCAGUGACACGUGCAGCAUGACGGCCAUGCCGCACCACGGGCAUCUGCAUUCCUACGCUAAUAACCAAGGGGCACACAUGAGCUUGCUGGAUUCGCUGCAGGGCCCCUACCCGGGGGCCGUCCACCCCCCUGUGUUGGGCCAAGACAGGUUCCCAGCAGACCUGGACCUGGACAUGUUCAACGGGAGCCUGGAGUGCGACGUGGAGUCCAUCAUCCUGAAUGACUUUAUGGACAGCGAUGAGAUGGACUUCAACUUCGACUCGGCUCUCCCCCCGCAGAAUGGGCUCAACGUGCCCGCGCUGCCCGGGGGCCCGCAGCCCACGAACCAGAGCUGGGUGCCCGGGUGACGCCUGCCCCGGGGUAGGGGGGGCUCACCGCCGAGAAGCCACGAGGGGAAACAUUGAGACUAACUAAUUUUUUCUUUUUUCUUUUUCCUUUCUCUUCUGCCUUUGUUUGUUAAGAUGGGCUAGAGCCAUCGGUCGGAGCUUGGGGUCGAACAACAAAACACACCGUAGGGUCACAAAUUGAGACGGGGUAGGGCCCCUGGCCCCCACAUGUGCCUGAUCCGCUGGGUCCUCCUGCGAGCAUCCUCCAGAGGAAACCUGGGGAAGGCAGCCAGAGCCAGGCAGGUCCAGGGGGGAAGCAGGAAGGGAAUUCCUUUCCAGACGGUCCCAGUGCCCCACUGUGACAAUGCCAGUUUGGUUUGUCCUUGGGCUGGUGACGGAGCGGUAAUGGCCGGUGGCAUGGGAACCCCCUGCCUGGGCACCCCUCUCUGGAAAGGGCCCCUUUGCUCUGAGUCACCACCAAAAACGAGUCCCCAGAGUAGGAGUGUGAGGAGUAGGGACAGUGCCCUGGGGCAAGGAGGGGCUCAUCACCUUUAAAUCCUGGUGGAGAUGGGACCUCUGCCAAGCCCAACCCCCCCCCUGCCAGGCCACCUCCAUUGCGGGUUGUCUCGCCUGGCUCCAGGUGGGUUUUCUUCCCAAGGAGUGAGAAGGGGGGUUGGCCAUGGAGGGAAGGGGGCCCUGGGGGCAGCAUCUGGGCAGCCCACGUGCCCACUGGUGGCCCAGGGUGCCACAGUCACUCCUGCCCACAGCAAAGCCGCCGUGCCCUGCCUGGAGCAGGCGUGAGAUGCUCCUGCACGAGGUGGUCCUGUCAGGAGUGACCCGCUGCUGGCCUGGGUGUCCCUGUGUCACAGGCUCAGGGGGAGCACAUAGGGUCGGGGAUUGGGGCGUAUUUAUUUGAUUUCAUGCACUCUUUUGCCAUUGAGGUUUUGUGUUGGGGGGCAGCAAGGGCGGAGCACGGGGAGAGGAGGAGAGAGGCUGCGAGCAGUGCUGGGGGCUGCGCCACGUCACGCGUCCCAGCUUGGCCGUGGCACUGGGUGUUGGAUGGUGAGGUGGAAGCUGUGUCACCCCUGGUGAAGGGUGUGGGGGUGAGAGGAGGGGAGGGAUGCGGUGGCCAGGCCUCUGGAGGCAGUGUGAGGCCCACCCUGCCCCAAGCCUGGGUGAUCCACGCUGCUUCCCCCACCUGCAGAGCUCAGGGAGAUGCCACAGGGCUGUGGGGCUUCUGGGGGGCCACUGCUGGUCUCAAGAGUGACUCCAGCCAGCAGCCAGCAUGCCUGUCCCUCGUCCCUGCCCAUUCCCAGGAUGACAGGAGAGCUGGUCUGGGGGGAUGGCAGCAAGAGGGGGCAGCCAUGGUGCACCCAUCUCCCGGGGUCCGGUUCUCCGUGGGGAUGGGGACCAUGAGUCACUGCUGCGUGUGGGGACCCCAAACUGGCCCCACAGCCCUGUGGGCAGGGGUGAGCCAGGGACCCACUGCCAGGAGCCCAUCCCGUGGGGCAGCAGGGUUUGGAGCAGGGCAGGCAGGCAGAGGAGAUGGAGGGGUGGGGGGAGAGGCUGUGGGAGCUGCUCUCUGUCCCCUGGGGCUCUUGGCACACCCUGUCUUCCUUCCGGGGACCACACGCUUUCUCAGACCCCCUGCCCCUGGGAUGCAGCGAGGGUUAGUCCACUGAACCAGCACGUUUUCCUGGCCCAGCUCUUCCCUUCCUGCCCCAGCACCAUCUCCUCUACCACGGGGCAGGCGCUGGGUCCCACGAGCCGCAGGGGAGGUGUGGGGGCUCGGAGCUGGGGCAGGGUGGGAGCCAGGGUGGGCACCUCCUGCUCCUCUCCUGACCCACCGGGCUGUGGCAAAGCGGGACAGAGGAGCCCCAUGUGCCACCCUUCAUCUUCACCCUGGGCACACGGCGGGCAUAGUCGCUAAAGACAUUUUUACAGGUUAAUUAAUUAUGUUUACAUUAUUUGAUCAUGUACAGAAUUUAAUAUAUUCUAUUAUAUAUAAUCUUUCUUGAAUGCUUUUUUAAAAAAGGAUUAUUCUUUGGUCAGGAUCAUUACCGCAUUCCUUUUAUACACCACCUCUCGUUUCAGGCAUAUUUAAAAUUGUUGGAAACUGAUUGCAAAUGACUAUUUAAUACCCGGCACCCCGGCUCUGCCACGAGGUGUGAAGGGCUGCCGGCGAGGAGAGGCAGGGAGGGCGGCUGGGGCUGCCCGGGGAGAAAAGAGGGGUUCUGCCCCCCGAGCAUGGGAGAUAGGGAAGGGGUCCUGGCUCUUCCAGGCAUCCCAUCCCCAGGCACACACCCAGCAGCACACCAGCACGGGGGCCAGCUGGGGCUCACCCCGGCAGCAGGGCAUUUGCAGAUGGGAUGCUCAGGCACAGGGAUGCCCGCCCAAACCCCCUUUCAGUGGGCCAACCAUCAUUGUGGAGGGGAAGCCACACCAGCAGUAGGAGAAAUGC